AUGUCGUCUUCACCAUGCCAGUGGACAACUCUCCGCCCAUUUGUCUUCAGCGGCCUCAUGGUGUCGUGUUUUGUCACUCUUUUCUUCACAUAUAGCAACUUUGAAAUGAAGUUCCCCAGUUUUAACAUUUUUGUGGACAGAGCUCAUCAGUCCUGUCCUCCAGUUCAGUGUGCAGCUGCAGACUCAAACUGUUCCACAGAGCUGCAGCACAAUCACACCCAGGAGAUCCAGGUUGAAGCGGUGGACACUGAGCCUGACACAAUCGUACUGAUCUGGAUGUGGCCGUUUGGUGUCGACUUUGAACUGAGUUGCAGUAAAUUCCACAUCAAAAAAUGCCAACUGACUGACGACAAGGCGCUUUACGACAAAGCCCACGCGGUUCUCUUCCACCACAGGGACAUAUAUGGAAAUCUUGACAACAUGCCAAAAGAGCCACGUCCGUGGUUCCAGAAAUGGGUUUGGUUCAAUAUGGAGUCGCCCGCAAACUCAGGUCUAAUCCCUGAGCUUGAUGACUUAUUUAACCUGACAUCCACCUAUCGACUUGAUUCAAAUAUUCCUGUGCCCUAUGGGCACUUGGAGCCUGUGAAACCUGAAGAUGAGCGUUUCAAAUUGCCAGUUAAGGACAAGUUGGUCUGUUGGAUUGUGAGCAACUGGAGCCCAGAGUAUAGGAGAGUUCAGUUCUACAAUGAAAUGAAAAACCACAUUGAGAUUCACAUUUAUGGAAAUGCAUUUGGUAAUAGAAUAACUUACGAAGAUUAUACAAGUAUAGUUACUAGUUGUAAAUUCUACCUUGCCUUUGAAAACUCACUCUACCAUGACUACCUCUCAGACAAGAUAUACUCUCCAAUGAAGCUAGGUACUGUACCAGUAGUUCUGGGCCCCUCAAGACAAAACUAUGAGGACCACGUCCCAGGAGAUUCUUUCAUUCAUGUUGAUGACUUUUCCACACCAAAGGAGCUGGCAGACAGGCUGCUGUACCUCGACAAAAACGAAACUGAGUACACAGCAUACUUCGAUUGGACCAACAGGUUUAAAGUGCAACAAUCUACAUUUGGCCCCACCCAUGCUUGCGAAACCUGUAGAUACUUACAGCGUAACAAGGGGUAUCAAGCCUUUCAUGGGCUUAAUAAAUGGUACUGGGGCUAA